GUGGAAUCCGGAAGUAGUAGCACAGUAUAUAAUAGUAGCACGUGGUAACAGAGAGAUCGUUCAGCGAUAUAGGAUUAUGUUGCUUUGUAUAUUUCGUUCGUUAUAUAAGUAAAAAUGACGCCCGAAGCAUGGUUAAAAUACAUAUAUAAUUCCAAGAUAACUGUCUUUGUUGAGAAUGGACAUAGAAAAGUUCAUUCUUUAUUUCAAAAUGGGGCAGAAAUGGUAGAAGAAUAUAAUCUAGAUACCCAUGUAGUAAUGCGAAGAAUUUGGAAGAAGAAAAAUAGUUUUGGUACAGAUCUCGGUUGGACCGUAGAAAUUGGAGAUCCUGAACCUAAUGAAAAUAGUAUGGAAAUUGGAAUACGAGAAAGUUCAAAAGCUCCAUUUAUUAUACAACGAAUAACAAAAACGGCCCUGGAAUGGCGAAUUAUGAAUUUACCAUAUCCUCCUUAUAUAUAUAAAGUUACUGUAGAAAAAGAUGACACUAUAACUGUACGUACAACUAACAGAAAGUACUUCAAGAAAAUAAAGAUUCUAGACCUCGAGCGAAUUGGAUUAAAACCAGAACAGGAAAGACUAUCAUUUGUGCAUCAGUAUAAUACUUUAAUUAUAACGUAUAAAAAGCCUGCCGAACUUCUCGAUGUGGAACAUAAAAUACUAUCCAGGAUUUUAGAGGUGGAAAGUAAACAAUAUGUACAACAAUAUGUACAACAAUAUGCACGAACAUAUGGACAACAAAAUGAACAAUAUUCACAACAUCCACAACAAUAUUCACAACAUCCUUCACAACAAUAUUCACAACAUUCUUCACAACAAUGUCCAGUCAUUUAAUAAAGCGUCAUGAACAUAUUACUGACUCUUGAUCAAGUCAGAUUGUGAUAGUUUUCUUUGUAUUAAUCAAAUAAAAAAUAAUUUCACUUUUGUACAGAAUAAAGUUUGUGAAUUAAUAUCAUA